GUGAAAUUAAACAGUACCAUUGUGAAAUCGCUAGAAUCCGAUGCAUUUUAUUCACCAGUACAAAAUAAAGCUAUUAUUUAUCAUAUUUCCUCGCAUGGCGUGGGCAGAAACAAGAAAUUUAAAAAGCGAAGAGGCCAAAAGGGCUUGAGGAAGAAGAAAACCAGUGUGCGAUUUACGAUGGCUCCAAAGAGGAAGAGAAAGACCCAGCAAGUUGCGUAUGGUAGAAAGAAGAAGGAGUUGCAGCAGGAGGAGCACGAGGAGGAACAAGACCAGGAAAAGGAUCAAGAGCAGGAACAACAGGAGGAGGUUGUUUUGAAGAGGAGCUCCAGCUACAGCAGCAGUGAUCGAGAUGAAGUCGGCCCUAUAACGACACCACAACCAACAACAAAAACCACCACCACAAGCAUCAUCAACAUAGUGUCAUCGAGCAAAAAAAAGGCAAGAAAAGGUAGGCAAAUUUCAUUCCAGAAGGCUAAAACGAUUGAUUUUCUUAAACAAACUAUGCAACCAGUUCUUUUGUCAAACACCCAUUUGGCUGAUUUGUCUAAACACGAGGAGGUCUUUCAGAAAUUGGGUUUGUGGGAGUUCGCGAAUUUUGAUUUUGAUUUAGAACCUAGUAUAGGUGACUUGGCCCAGCUUGUCAUCACAUAUGACCCUGGAAAUCAUUAUAGUAUUGUGAAGGAUACAAGGAUUAGGGUCUCCAGGGCUGAUUUGGCCAAGAGUUUGAGGAUUCCUUACAAGAAGGAGAAAAACUCCAGUUUUCUUGAAAUGCCUGAUUUUGAGGGCACACCUGGUUACUCAAUCAAGAGUUGUGGCGCGGAGGGGAUUAAGGCUGCUUUGUAUUUUGUGUCUUCUAGGGUCUGUCCCUGUGAUGACCCAAGUUUGAUCUCAGAGGAGAUGCUGGGCCUGGUAGAGAAGGCUUUGAAGUCGGAGCAGAAUGUUGACUGGGCUAGUCUGAUCUGGUCGAGGGCAGAAAAGGAGCUCUUACAGAAUAAAGAAUUGGUGAAGUUCUACUAUGCCUUGCAUUUCCAGCAGUUGAUUAGAAACCAGAGGCCUGAUUUACUGUCGAAGGAUCCGACUGAGGCUGGGCAUGGAGAAGAUGAGAAUAUCGUCUCGAGUUCAAAGAUUUUUGAGGAUUUGGAAGGUGCAAAUGUUGACAAUGAGGGGGAUGCGCCUGAGGAUGGAGGGAUUCUUGAUGAGAAACAGGAUGAGGAGGGUUUGCAGCAAAAUAUAGAAUCAGAAAAUGAUGAUAAGGAAGUAAGCGACGUGAUGGACCAACGGGAAGUGGAACAUGUGGUGGACCAACAGAGGGUGGAAGAUGUUUCGGACCAACAGGAGGUGAAAAGUGUGCUGGAUGAACAGGUUGUGGAAAAUGUGUUGGAUCAACAAGGGGUGAAAAAUGUGUCGGAUCAACAACGAGAGGAAGAUGUGAUGGAUCAGCAGGUAGCAGAAGAAAAUGAUGGAGUUGGGAGUAUGAGAAACGAUGAGGACACGCACAGUAGCAAGGGAUUAGUAGAUAUGACGCUUCGGCCAUGCAACAUUAUUGUUGAAGAAAAGAGAGAAUCUGAUGAAGACAGCAGAGGUUCAAGAAGAUUACAGAAGGACAAUAAGAAGUUGGAUGGGCCAACCGAAGCAUCCUCACACGGGGAGCAUUUUGUUAGGCCUCCUUCAAUAGAUAAUGAACUAUCAGAGCAUGAGAAGGGCACAAUGUCCAACUUGGAUGCCUGCCUUGGAAAGAUUACAUCACCUGGGCAACUAUUAUCUGAAUUUGAUAAUGGUAUAAUGGCCACCACUAAUGCCAAUUUUGAGAAGACCAUUGCGGCAGAGCCCCAAUUUUUAGAUGGAGGCAAAGCCACAAUGUUGAAUUCUACUGAUUACCUUGAGAAAUCCAUUCCAACAGAGCCCCAAUUUAUAGAUGGAGAUCCAGCCAUGAUGUUGAAUUCCGCAGCCCAUCUUGAAAAAAAUACUUCAGCUGAACAGAUGAUGUUUGAAAUGGGAAAAUGUAUGGGUUUGAAUCCAGGUGCACACCUGCCAACUUCCACAUCAGCAGAACAUCUGUUGAUGUCAGAGCUAGAGAAGGGCAUGAACUUAAAUUCAGCUUUACAUGUCCAGAGGGAUCCUUCACCUGAGAAUCUCAUCAUGUUUCUGAAUCAGGGCCCGUCCCAUUCUGGAAAUGUUAGAAAGAAGGAAAUAGAUGAAGAUAAUGAGUUUAAUGGUGCCUCUGAGAAGAAGCAUAGGUCUGAUCUUCCUUUGAGUUUUGGUGCGUGCAUGGCAAAUGUGUAUGAGUACUUGCAAAGGGCUGAAAACUGUUAUAUGAAUGAGAAGCAGACACUCACUCAGAGUGCUAAUGGCGAGAUUCAAGAUUUGUAUCAGCAGUUGAACCAGAGGGAUUAUGCAAUCCAACGGCUGCAGAUGAGCAAACAAGAAGAGCAGCAGAGGGCAAUAGAAUUCUCUAAGCUAAAAAAUAAUUUGCUUCUUACAAAUAAAACAUUUUUUGGCUACACCAAAGCCUUGGAGGAAGCACAGGAUACAAUUAACCACUUGAGGGAGACAAUUCGACUACAGGAUUCAACCAUAGGAGACUUACACCAGCAGUUAGAACAGAAGCAGACGCUUAUGGAAGAUCUAGAAAUUUAUUUCAAAGAGCAUAUUGGCCAUUUGAAUCAAUACAUGAAGGAGAAGAAUGAAAAGUUACUGAAUGAUCUUGACAAGGGUAUGCAUAAACAAGCAAGUCUGGAAGAAAAAUUAGAUAUGCUUAAAGCUCAGAUUGAGAAACAAAAAUCAGGGAUUGAGAAUCAACAACCAGAGUUUGAGAAAGAACAACCAGAGAUUGAGAAGGAACAACCAGAGAUUGAGAAAGAACAACCAGAGAUUGAGAAAGAACAAUCAACACCUCCAACUUAGAACAAUUUAUUAGAUCCCUUAUGACUGGAUGGUAGAGAUGGGAUUCUGGAGAGAUAAGCAUAAGCAAUAUUCAACACGUCAAAAGUAUGCUUAUUCUGCUUAAAAUUAUAUAAACUGACAAAUUAAUGUUCAAUUCUAUAAACUUUUGUCCAGAGUUUCCUUACUGUUGUACAGUCAUAGACUCAUAGUUUGAACCCUGGGAUAGGAUGGCCUGAGAAUCGCUGCUUCACAUUUGGGUAUUCUUAUCUAAGCUGACUGUUUCAGUUUCAGGAGGCAGUUUGAAACUCUUAAACGGGAUAUUCUGGAAUCAAAUAGUACUGAAAUUUGCAGUAGUUUAUUACUGUGCACAACAAGGUGGUCCAAAUGAAAGGAAGAAUGGCUAAUCCUUCGAUUUUUGGUUUGCAUAUGGCUCAAAAUUAUUCAAUACCAGAUCUUUAAACUCUAAGCUA